ACCUAUAAGAGGAGCGCGCGUAGCCGGCUCAGGACUUCUCCGGAUCCGAUCUAUCCUAAUCUUUGCUCACGCCAGCUUGGCUGGCAGACACCAUGCCCCCACACGGCUUUUUCGCUCUCCUGCUCCUGGCCGCUAGCGCCGUAGCUGAAUCGAUCCGUGAGACUGAAGUGAUGGACCCCCGAGACCUCUAUGAUGCCCACUACUUCUCUGGGGCCCUGCCGGAUGAUGAGGAUGUGGGAGGGGCCCUUCUGGAAAAAGAACCAGAUGACUUUGAGCUGUCAGGCUCAGGAGAUACAGAUGAUACAGAGAUAACCGAGACAUUCUUUAAUACAGUUCAGCCCUCGGUGUCCCUGGAUAACCAUAUCCCUGUGGAAGUGGAGCCUUCAAACCAGCAUCCUGAGGACUCUGAAGAGCUGGAAGGGAACGAGAUCAUGUCCAAGAAGAGAUUUCCCUUUGAGGAAGAAACUUUAAGUAACAAAGUGUCGAUGUCUAGCACUGCCCAGGGCAGCAUCUUUGAGAAGACAGAAGUCUUGGCAGCUCUGAUUGCUGGUGGUGCUGUAGGGCUCCUGUUUGCCAUCUUCCUGGUCCUGUUGCUGAUCUACCGAAUGAAAAAGAAGGAUGAAGGCAGCUAUGAUCUGGGCAAGAAGCCCAUCUACAAGAAAGCCCCGACCCAGGAGUUCUACGCAUGAGGCCCCUCCACUGGGCAGCAGAGCAUAGACUUAGGGAUGGGGAGGGGAGGGUUGCCACCUCUCGGUGGGAGGGGGAGGCACUGACCAGCCAUCGUGUCUCUACUUUUUUUCUGCUUAUUUCCCCCUCUUCCCACAAAGUGGGUGCUUUUACAUUGGGGGUGGGGGGUGGGGUAGGCUAUAUAAGAGAAAAUUCUCCUCUUCCUCAUCCCCUUCUAUUCAUUUACUAGUUCCUCACAGCCCAUGAGCCUCAGUUGUUCCAUAUGAAAAAUGGCAGUAAUUCUCCAGUCUAAAAGUCAGAGAUGGAUAAAGAAAUCUCUUGAAAUCCCUUCUUGCUCUGAUCUUAGAAUUUUAUGAUACCUGGUCUAAUAUUGAGCAUUUUAGAGUCUAAUUUGAAAGAGGCAUUUGGAAGAAGGAGAGGGGAAUUAGAUAGACCCCCAAACAUUUCUUGGGGCAAUGUAGGUAAGGCCCUACAGAUCUCUCAUUUCUGUCCAGGGCAAGCUAUACUUUACAUAGGGGUGGCCAGAGCCACCCUGCAUCUUCACAGCAUCACAAUUGGUGGAAGAGAGGCAGAUGGAACUAUUAACACAUAGACUUAUGACCACCCUAUAGCAAUGUACUACCCUAGGGUGGCGUCAGGGAGAAAAGAUAGUGGGAAACAGCAGCUCUUCUGUAAAAGCCAGAGAAAAGCAAUCUGGAACAAGUUGUGCUGGUCUGUUGAGGGCUCCUUUUAUAACUUCUUUUGAGGGAUAGAAUGAGUAGAUAAAGAGAACAAACAAACCACAGGUGAAUGCUUAUAUAGAUUGUGAUUUGUAGAGUUUCCUCUUAAGAAGAAAAAAGUUAACUUAAAAAAAAAAACUUUCCAAUUUUUGAAGAGUUCAUUCCUGGGAGAGAAUGCUUCUGCCCUGGUGCAUGGUAUGAAAUACCAGCUUGGGUGGGCCUUCCCUCCAGCAUCUUCCUGACACCUGCUGUGGCCUGUCUAUUUAUGUGUCUUUUUUUUUUUUUUGUUUCAUUUUGUUUUUAUUUUAAAUGAGGGGAGAGCCUGAGGUGUGAUUUUUAUGAAUUUUUUUUUUUUUUAUUAUUUAUGGACACUCCUUACCUCUCUGAUCCCUUUUUUGAUACUUUAGACACUGUCCUUGAGCUCAACCCCUUCCAAGGUUAUCCUCCCACAUCCAGAAAAUAGGUUCUUGCCGAUUCCAAAAUAUGUUGGUCUUGUAGGCAAUGGUGGGCCUUUGUUUAUCUUAGUAUGUAAUAUAUUGUUCUUUUUCCUUGGUUUUAGAUAGAAAGAUAUAUUUUUCGAGUAAAAUGAUUUAAAGAAUAUAAAAUAGGCUGGGUGGGAGAAUGGGAGUUGGUGAGUGGUUGACCAGCUCUCAGUUCUUUUCUGGCCUCUUCCUCUGGUGCCUUCUCCCAGUUUGGAUGGCAGCAGUAGCCAUGGUUUUGAGAGUUGGUUGACCCUAGUCCAAGAUCCUGGAGUGAAAAUACCUUCAUGGGACUAUUGAUGGAGGCACAGUCCUGAACUGUCUCUUUAUAUGAGUGGAAAAAUCCCAGAAUUCCCUGGUGAAGAGAGAAGGGCCUUCUGGGAGCUCUUUCCCACCACCACCCUGCUGGCUGGGGUGGGCAUCUCUUCCCUACCUGCUCUUGUUCUCUUGGGGCAGCUGCUCCCUGUUCUGACUUGAUUUCCCUGCCCCAGGAGUCCAGCUGGCUGGAUCUCUGUCCCCUUCCUCCCUUGAUAUCCCCAUCCAACUCCCUGUUGUUGCUCACUGCUUUGACUGAGUAGUGGGAGUGGGCACCUCCCGUCUUUUUUGUAGUUGCCUUUCACUGUGUCUGUUACUGAUAUUUUGGAUAAAAAUAAAAAAGCUUUCUCAAA